GGGGGGCACCGCCACGUGUCCCGGGCACGCGGGGACGGGCCCUGCCCACCGCCCGCCCCGGGCACGGGGCACUCACCCGGCCGUGACGGCCACCCCGAGACCUGCCGCUGUCACCGCCCGCCCGUAGCCCCGGGGACCAUGCUGAUCCUGCGGUGCCCAGCCCGGCUGCAGCGCCUGGAGGACGCCCUGCGGAGGAGCCUGCCCCACGCCUUGCCGGUGUACGGCGCCGUGCUGAACAUCAACCGCGGCAACCCGGGGGACUUCGAGGUCGCAGUAGAUGCCUGGCCUGACUUCGGUGCCGUGCUGGCACGGCGCAGCGGAGAGGCACCAGUGGACGACUCCUACUGGAACCUGCAGGCCGCCUUCUACCGGGAUGUGGGCGCCUACCGGGCCCUGCUGGAGACCCCGGGCUGCCUGCGCUGGGAUGCCGCCUUCCACAUCUUUGGGCUGCAGGAUGGGGUGGCCACGGUGUCCCAGGACAUUGCAGCAGCCAAGGGCGUAGAGCUGGAGGUGACUGAGUACUACACAUACCUGCACCCCGACCCCAGCACCCUACCUGAGCCCCAGCUGGACCCCGACGUGCAGUUGGGCACGCUGAGCCGUGCCCACGUGGAGCUGCUGGACUCGACGUGGGCGUACGGGGGGAACGCGUGGAGCCGCCGCUACCUGGGGGAGCUGCUGGAGCGCUUCCCCAGCCUGUGCCUGCUGAGCCGGGCCGGCGAGCCGCUCUGCUGGGUGCUGACCGACGGCUUCGCGGCGGGGGCGCACGGCUUCACCCUGCCCUCCCAGCGCCGCCGCGGCCUCAUGCGGGUGCUCACGGCCCUGGCCGCCCGCCGGGCGCUGGCCCGAGGCUUCCCCGCCUACGGGCACACGGCCACGGGCAACGGCGCCAUGCAGCGGCUGCAGGAGGCGCUGGGGCACCGCCGCCUGCCCGGGCUGUGCCGCUUCGUCCUGCACAACCCCGCCCUGGCUCGGGCUGCGCCCUGACCCCCCCCCGCCCCCCCCGAUCCGUCCGUCCCCUCGGGGAAAAAAACACCCGCAGGAAAAAAUAAAAGCAGAAAUAAAGCCGCAACGCCCCGACAGCCCCGGGGCCGGCCCUCCGGGGACGGUGUCAGCGCCGGGGGGGGCACAAACAGGAGCCCUUCCGGGGGGGGAGGCAGAGGCAGAGCGGCGGGGGACGAGCGGGGCCAUGGAGCGCACCGGGCUCAUCACCGACUCCUUCCCACGGCGGCACCGGCGGCCGGGGCGCACCGACAGCAAGGCCGGCCCCGCGGCGCGGCGGGGGGAGCGCGGCAAGGGGCGGGGGCGGCGGGUGGGGCCCGCGGUCGUCCCGCCCCCCCGCCCCCCCCCCGUACCCGCGCAGGAGGCAGCCCAGGAGCCCCCGCCGCCCCCCCGGGUCCCCCCGGAUCUCCUGGACAUGCUGCGGAGCUUCGACCUGGCCUGGGAGUACGGCCCCUGCCACGGGCAUCACCCGCCUGCAGCGCUGGGAGCGGGCACAGGCACUGGGGCUGAGCCCCCCAUUCCCAGUCCGUGACGCCCUCCUGGAGCACUGCGAUGACCCCGCAGUCACCUACAGCCUCUGGCAUGAGUACGGGCUCUGAGCCACGGAGUAACGAAAGGCUGGUGUGGAUGAGUGGCUGCAGCGUGGCGUGUGCUGGGGGAAGCGAGCCGAGGGGCUGUGCGGGCACAGAGCGUUGCUGCCAGCACCGGGGUCCUGCGGCAUGACACCCGGUGGCAUCGUGCCGCAGGACCCCGGUGCUGGCCAGCCUCCCCUGCCCUCCGUGGGGAUGACGGCAGCGGCGAUGCGAGGCGCCCGGUGGCAAGGAUGAGAGGGCUGAAGGGGGAACUGGGGAGGUAGAGGGGUGCUGGCGGGGGGCUUGCAGGUGAGAAGAGGGACAGUGGGGGGAGAGGGACAGCUCAGGAGGAGAAGGGGCGCAGGCAGAGCUGUCCCUUAUGAGGUGACCAUACCAGCUCAUCCCCCGUUGAGCCGAGGUGACUGGGGUAGAGGCAGUGCCCGAAGCAUUUGGAUGAGGCCACUUGCAUGGCCCACGGGAGCCCGCAUCGCGUCUGCCUCCCAGAGGCGUGGGGGGGUCAGUCCUGUGGGAUUGAGUUGAUUGUUAGUAGCUUUGCUGUUUAAUAGCGUGCAGGAUCGUGUAAGCACAAAUUAAUAAAAGAGUGAGUUUGUUAAUUA